ACAGUUUGAAAGCGCCACGGAGCCGAGUGAACGAGACACGGGGUGCACGACGACUGACUAAUUGUGUUUCAAAUUGGGUCUUUGAGCACACAAUGGGGAAUGGGAUUGCUCUGAGCUCCCUACUGAAGCAUCCAAGGAUGAGAAAGUUGUCAGAUUUGUAGGUCAGGCUGUAGGGGGUGUUGUUAGGCAGACUCCUUCAUAGGUCCAGAUGUCAAAGUGGUUUCAUUCAGGCCUGUGUCUGGUGGCGAGUUGGAGUUUCGAUUGAUUUCAGCAGCACUGUGUUUCCUCUCUCAGCUUUCAUGCAACUGCUUCUUUUUCAGAGGCACAGUCAGAAUAAACAGCCCUUCUGUGUCCACAUCGUUCUUCUUAGUCAACACUUGACUUCUUUUCUUUCCUCAUACUGUGUGUGCUAUAAUUAUCUGUCAUGUUGUGUUAAAAUCCUAAUUGAUUUCACAGUGUUGGAGGGAAUUGCAGGAGUGUAUCCUAGUCCCAUCUGGAGCUUUAUCAGAGCCUGACCCGGUUUCGGUGUGCUACGUUAGAGUGUAGCUCCUCUGGGACCUGUCCCCUCCUCAUGCUGACAAAGGGAAGAAGGCCACAGCUGGCCUAUCCCAGCCCAGCCCAACAUAUCCUGACACAACCUGAGCUUAACAUCACCUAACCCUGCCUCGCAGCGCCCCAUCCAAAGAGCCUAAAAGUGAGGGGUCCUACACUUGGAUGAACUGGGGGAGGAGGGAGCACAGCGAGGCUGUCAUGUAAGCCGUCUCCUCUGGGGCCACCUCUCGGUGCGCACUGCUUCCUGCCUCAGGUAGAAGAAGCCUCAGUGUUUCUGCUGCUGAGGCGUCAGGCUGCUCUCUCUCUCUCUCCUCUCUGCUCCCUCCUGCUGAGAAGGCAACAGAUCCACUCUCAAAGCACUGAAAUGGAGAAGAGCUGCUCAGAGUGCACAGAGCCGACACUCGCUCAGAGUCUGUGUACGCUCUGCAACAAGUGGUUGUGUUACCAGUGCACAGAUGUGCAUCAGCAUCAGAGAGCCGCCACCGCCUCCCAGUACGCAGACAUGCACCAGCAGCAGAGGCCCAGUGCCGCCCAGUUUCCUGACCUGCACCAGAGAGGCUCCAGCUCCCUGCCUCCUACUGGACAAGGCCCAGGGUCAUAUCCUUGUUCCCUCCUCAUGUGCCACUCUCACAGACAGGAGCCCUUGGAGCUUUUUUGUGAGUCAUGUGACCUUCUGUGCUGUAGCAGCUGUCACCUGUCCUCCCACAAAAACCACAGGGUGAUGCCGAUCGGGAAGGCCCUGCAGGACCAGCAGUGGCUGUUUGAGAGCCUGAUGGUGCAGGUGGAGGAGAGGAGGUCUGCCGUGGAGAACAACGCCAAACAAAUAGAGGACAGGCUUCAUGGGGUAAAGAUUGCACACAGGAAGGCAGAGAACCAGAUUAAAAUGGCAAAGAUGAUUAUGAUGAACGAGCUUAACAAACGAGCCAACCUAUUAAUAGAGCAACUGGAGAAGAUUUCCGAGGGUUUCCAGCAGCGUCUGGAGGACCAGCUGCAGGGGGCAAUAGAGAUAUGUGGCCAGCUGGACCACAUUCAGAAGUUCAUCACCUGGGCUACGACCCAUCACUGCAGAGAGCCGGUGCUCUUCAGCAGGGCUCUGAUUUCCCUUCAGAUGCAGCAGCUGCUCGAAGCGUCUCUCCUCCCAGAGUCUUGGAGUCCCAUCAAGAUCAAGUUCAACUGGGAUGCCAGUUACUGGACGAAGCAGAUUUCUUCUUUAGGCCAGCUGACUGUUGAGGGGGGAAACUGCACUUACCCUCCGGGGUUGGCCUGCUCCAGCAUCAUGAGGCCGCAGCCCAUCACCUGCUUGGCUCUGCCUCCUGUGUUUCACAGAGGACGAGAGCCAGGCUGCGGGUACCAGGCCUGCUGUGAGCCCCAGUUGUGCUGCCUACAUGGCAUUCCCUCUCAGCCAGAUCAUCCAAGUCUGGACAAAAGCCAGCUGGACGCCACAAUUUACAACUCCAGCUGUGCUCAGCCUGCUCUUAUUUCCGCCUCCCUGCAGCAGAGCCAGCCUCUCCAGAGGUGCUGGGACAUGGAGAGCUCCCUGCAGUGUCCUCCCCCGACAUCACCGGUCGUCCAGCUCAACUGCAGCCGAGGGUCGGCGUCUCAGCCACAAGCCGCCGACUCCCAGCCCCACCCUCAGUCUAAAUCGUAUCUGUCUUACCACCAACACCAGAGAGAAGUUCUUCCAGACAGCCAGGCUCAGCUGAGUGCAGACCGUGGCAGGCCAGGCCAGUGUCAGGGGAAGCUGUCGACCAGCGCAGCUCUGCACCAGGAGAUCAGCCACACAGCUGUGGACAGAGAUGUGACGAGUGAAGAGAGCUGGGAGGAGAGGUGCAGAGUGGAGGAGGCUUGUGGACAGACAGCAGUGGUUGACGGCAGAGAGCUGCUGGAUGAGGACCUGCAGCAGGGGAGGAGGAAGCAGACUCCUGUCCAACAGCAGCAGCUUCAGGUUUCUUUAGCGGCCGAGCUGAGAAAAGAGCAGCAGAAGCCCAGACCUGCACUGACGCUCAGAGACCACAGAGAUGGCAGGAGAUCCACGUCCCUGGAGGUGCCGGUGACGAGCCGCGAGUGUGCGUCUGACGCUCAGAGCAGCCGGCUCAGCCCCAGCUCGGUGUGCUCGAGGAGGAAGAGACGCUCCCAGAGCAUCCCCACAGAACUGGUAGCCCCGUCCACCAGCCCCUACACCGAGAGGCCCACGGGAUGCACCAACAGCCUCGAGGCAGGAGCUGCAGCUAAGUACGACAUCAUGGAUCCCAGACAGAGGAGAGCUUCGGAUGGGGUGCUUUGUGUUGUCAAGGAAACGUUACCUGACCUGAGCCCGUCCAGAAGACACCUGUCUCCUUUACUGUCCUACAAGACAGAGCCAGAUCAUCCUUUCACUUCUGUUAACGAAGAGGUUGUUUAUGAAGCCCAGGAGAAAUGCAGGGUGCCGAGAAGCAGCCACAGCAGUACGAGAGAUGUUCAGAAGGACUCAGGGAGGCCAAAGGUUCCGGUGGUUUGCUUGGAGCGCCUCAAAAUACUCGUGUCUCAGCUGCCGCCACACGGCCGGAGACAGAGCGACCCGCUGCCUGCCAGCGGGACGGACAAGAGCGACGCUCCCUCGUUCCCUCAGCAGAGGACCUGGCACAACGCCACGCCCGAGGAGAUAGCUGGAGGCUCAGAGACCAGGAGGACCACCCGCUCACUCACAGCGCCGCCGUAUGCAGAGCGACAAACUCAUAGUCUGUCGGCCACGCACUCCGUCAACGGCGACUUCGACGGCCACGCCAACAGAGGCAGACUCAGCUCUCAUACAGCAGCCACUCUGCCCUCCGCUGACUCUAAGUAUGUGCCACAGAGUUUCUCUGUGUCACUGGAUCUGGACUCUGACUCUGAUCCCAGGUCGGUCUCAGAGGAUGCAGUUGUUUCUCAGGUGGAUCCGGACCUGCAGCUGGACUCGGACACGUCGCCCGAGUCCGACCCGAAUGCACAGUCUUCCUCUGAGGCUGAACUCGAAUCUCUCGAUGUGGAGGAGUCGGCUGCCGCUGCAGGAGACAUGAGGCUGUGCGGGGAUUCAGAGCCGAGCCUUGAAUACGAGGCAGACCCAGAAUCAGACCCAGGAGCAGGAUCAGAGGAGGGCCAAGGGCUGGACGCAGAAUCGGGUGAUGCUGAAACCGAGUCCGACAUCCAGCCUGAAUACGAUCCCACCUCUCAGACCGACUCCGACGCCGUGUCCGACCAGCCUCCGGACUCUCAAGGCUCCGUGGAGUCUGAGCUCGACGUAGACUCUGACGCCGAACCGAGAACCGACGACCCGCAACCGCUUCGCUCCGACCUGGAAGAGGAGUCCCACAUCGGUCCUGGUCAGAGGCCGCUUCUGAUUGCAAACCCUCAGAGGAGCGCAGAGGAAGUCCAGAACGAGCAGGACAGCAUAGAGAUGGAGAGCGAGGACUUCUGCGCCGUGUGCCUCAUCGGAGGCGACCUGCUGUGCUGCGACCGCUGUCCCAGGGUCUUCCACCUGUCCUGCCACAUCCCGUCUCUGCUGAGCUUUCCCUCAGGUGACUGGGUGUGCAGCCUCUGCAGAGAUGUUGUGCUGCCGGAGGUCGAGUACAACUGUGAGAAUGAGAGAGGAGCUGGACAGCACACAGCAGCACACGGACAGUCUGCAUGUGACCAGAGAAAAUGCGAGCGGCUGACUCUCCUGAUCCUCAGUAACAUCCUGAGUGCACCGUUCCACGAGCCCGUCAGUCCACUUGCGCGUCAUUACUACCAGAUCAUCAAGAGGCCGAUGGACCUGUCUGUGAUCAGAGCCAGACUCAACAAGGCAAACGGCCGACAUUACAGCUCACCCGAUCAGUUUGUUGCUGAUAUGUACCUCAUGUUCCGCAACUGUGCGAAAUUUAAUUAUCCUGACUCUGAGGUGGCCCAAGCAGGCCGCAGCCUCGAGACGUUCUUCACCUCCAAGCUGAAAGAGGUUUUCCCGGACAGAGUUUUCUCUGUGACCGAGGCAGACUCUGACAGCGACGAGUACGAUGAGGCGUACCGGACCGCUGAGGGCGGUUUUCCCUGGCCGGAGAGGAGGGAGCAAUGCCACAGGAAGAGGAAGAGGAGACAGUCUCUGAAGUCGAGGAGAAAUCACUUCUAGCCGGAGGUGAAUGGAGCGCAAUCACGGUCGCAAAAAAUGCUGUUUUUGUGCGUAGUUAUGCUGUUUUUUAUCGAGCAGCCUGUGGGACUGCCAGAGCGGUGCCAGCCUGCAAUCUAAAAGCAGCUCCGGGUUGUGGUUUGGAGUGAUAUGACGGUGCUGCCAUCUGAUGGCAGCCGAACAAAGUGAAACAAUACUUCAGAUAUUUGAAGUUAUGAAGGAUUUGAUCUGUGCUGACUUCAGCCGAGCAGAGGGUGUAAACAUUGAAGUUAAGUUAAGGGAACAUGCUACAUAUUUGGAACUCUUUGGAUGUCAUACAGAGUUUGCUUGUGCAGCCAUAAAGCACAUUAAGGUAGCGAGGUGACGCUGUAGUAGGUACUUUAUCAUAUCAUAUUUUGGCCAGUGAUGAUCCGCUGCAUAUGCACUGCACUGCUUACUGUUUUAUGUAGUAACAUCAGUCCCUUACAUACCUUAUGUCAUGCUUUAUUGGAUGCUGUAGUUGGAUGUUUAUUAAUCUCACUUUGCAUCUCUGAUAAAUGGACUUUUUUAGGCAAACCUAGCCCUGACUAUACACUGUACUUUGAGACUUUAAUGUUGGUAAAUUCAGUGUUUACCAUAUUCAUAGAUGUUCAAGAUAUUUAUACCCGUGUUACUGUAUAGAACUUUAUUUUACUAUAUGUGUCCUUUUAAUUACGAAAUGAUUGCAGGCAAUUAUCUUAGGUUUGAUUAUUGAUAUAAUUACGUGUGUCGGUAGCUUUUUUUUUGAAAAGCGGCAGCGAAUCGUGUCCACUUUGUCUUUUUGAACAGAGUAAUGCAGAAUGUGAGCUACUAUAGCCGGUGUUAAGGCUCGACAGGGCAAACGCAUUAUCAGAGGAUUUAACGUCCUCGUUAACCAAUCAGAGAACACGUCAGUUUUACAUUUAACCAUGAAUUACGUUUGUGUGUGUUUCACCAGUGUUUCAGCGAAAUCUUGUACUCUCUUAUCUAAAUAUCUCAGGCGUAAUAAAAGUGUAAGGUAUUGAUAUCAUUCAGUAUUGGUUAUUAUAAAUAAAACAUGUCCUCGGUAUUUGUAGAGCCAUGCUGUUGAAAGGAAAUAUGUGGUUUUAUAAUAAUGCUGUAGCCUCUUUAUACACGACCGACGGCUUUAUCCCUGUUUUUAAAUCUACUUUAUUUGCUUCCCGCAGCUUAAACUAGACUUUGCUUGACUUAAAUACUGCCCCAACAAGAAGUGAAUGUACAGUAAAUGUUACUUCUUUUGACAUCAGUAGGAGUGAUGAUAUUUCUUAUUGUUUCAGGGGAUAAACUAUAGUCACUGUUUCAUGAGAGCAGGUUCAGGUUUUCUUUUGGUUUUUUACUGUAACAGCCAGCGAUACAUGCACAUAUCUUAAUAUCAAUAAAAUGCAUUCAAGAAAA